UUUGGAGAUUUCUCCGCAGAACGUGGACGUGAACGUGCACCCGACCAAACACGAGGUGCACUUCCUGCACGAGGACGCCAUCAUGGAGAGCGUUCAGAAACAGGUGGAGAGCAAACUGCUGGGCUCCAACUCGUCACGCACCUUCUUCACCCAGACUCUGCUGCCUGGGCUGCCGGUCUCAGGCGGAGCAGAGACCAGGACCUCCGGCGCCGCGGCGGAGUCCGCCGAGCGCGUCUACGCCCACCAGCUGGUGAGGACCGACUGUCGCGCUCAGAAACUGCACGCUUUCCUCAAACCCAAAGACAAGACCCCCGCCCAGACAGAACCAGAACCAGAACCGGCCGGGCCCAGCGGCGGACAAACCGAGACCAGGACCGAUAAACCAGACUGUGUAGAGAUGGAGGAGGAGGAGGAGGAGGAG